AACCAAUAUGCAUCACACAAACAUUAUCUCUGAUUUCAAUUUCGGAGUAAUUCCCAACAACCAAUCAACAAAGUGACGACCUUCCACCAGCGAACUUCACUUUCUUCUUCCAUCGCUCCUCGGUUUUCAUCCUCCGUUGCUGCUUCGUACUUGCUUGUGCUAAGUUUUACAUAACAAGCGAUGGCUGAGGUGCUGGUUGGAGCAUUUCUCUCCGCCGCCAUUGAGGCACUUCUUAAGAGAUUGGCUUCUAGAGACAUUCUUGACUUCUUGCGAGUCAAAAGGUUGCAGGAUGGCUUCUUGCUGAACAAACUGGACUUGACCCUUAACAGUCUCAACAAAGUCAUGGAAGAUGCUGAGGAGAGGCAAUACAGAGACCCUCGUGUGAAGCACUGGCUUGAUGAGCUCAGAGAUGCUGUGUUCCAGGCUGAGGAUCUGCUGCUUGAGAUUGCAACCGAGGCCUCUCGACGGAAGCUGCAACUUGAACUUCAUCCCACCACAGGUAAACUACGCAACCACUUGACUUCCAUUGUGAAAUCUUUUGAAAAGAAAAUCGAAACUAGGGUCCAGAAACUUGUAGGGUACCUAGAUUUCUUAGAAAAUCAGAGGACGCCGCUGAAGUUGAAGGAUGGCUACUCUGGCUCACUCACUCAAGGGGGAGUGAAUAGGGGAGUUUUCAAGAGAUUGCCAGAAUCGUCCUUGAUAAAUGAAGCUAAUAUAUUUGGUAGAGGUCCUGAUAAAGAGAAACUAAUCAAUAUUUUAAUGUCACCCAACGAGGGUGGGUGUGGAUCCCCAGUGGACGUGAUUGCCAUCGCAAGUAUGGGUGGGAUGGGUAAGACAACUCUUGCCCGGCUUGUUUACGAAGACAAAAGGAUAACAGAGGAAUUUCAACACAAAGCUUGGGUAUGCAUUUCCGAAGAGUUUGAUCCUGUGCAAGCUACAAAAGCGAUUAUUAAAUCACUUGAUGGUAAAAUUAAACUUGAACAAUCAGAUGAUUUAGAUCCACAUCAAUGUCAACUAAAGGACAAGUUGAAGGAUAAGAAAUUUUUCUUGGUUCUUGAUGAUGUAUGGAAUCGGGAUCAUACUAUCUGGGACUCCUUUCGAAUUCCUUUCAACUGUGGAGCUCCAGGAAGUAAGAUUCUCAUUACAACACGUGAAAAACACAUCGCAAAAGUUAUCAUGCGGUCCAGAUAUAUUCAUUGUUUGGAGCCAUUACAAGAUGAAUAUCCUUGGAAGUUAUUUGCAAACCAUGCAUUUAGCGACCAAUGUAUUGAUCCAGAACUUGAAUCAAUUGGUAGAAAAAUUGUCCGCAAGUGUGGAGGAUUGCCUUUGGCAAUAAAAACAUUGGGAAGUUUGCUGGGCACAAAACCAGCUCUUCAAUAUUGGGAUGCAAUUUUAAAGAGUGAUAUUUGGUCCUUACCAGAGGAAGAGAGCAAUAUAAUCCCAUCUUUAAGGUUGAGCUACCAUUAUUUACCUUCUAAUCUCAAGCGUUGCUUUGCAUUUUGUUCCAUCUUUCCAAAAGAUUACUUGAUAGAGAAGGAUGUUCUUAUUCAGUUAUGGAUGGCUGAAGGUUUGUUACAUUCUACUCACACAAGUAAGAACUUUGAAGAAGUGGGCAACGAAAUCUUCAAUGACCUACAAUCCAGGUCAUUUUUUGAACCAUCAGAAAAGAAUGGCAAUUACUUCAUAAUGCACGAUCUUUUGAACGAUUUAGCAAAGUCUGUGAUGGGAGAGUUUUGUGUUCAGCUAGAGGUUGGUCGGGUGCAAGAAAUUUCAACAAAGGCUCGCUACUUUUCUUAUAGAUGCAAAGCAAAUGAAAAUCUUGAAACUUUUGAAGAUUUCAAAUGCCACCAAUUACGUAGUUUCAUCUUAUUGCGUGAAAAUUUCAACCUCAAGCAUUACAUCAUUGAUAUUAUGCUCCCGAAAUUUAUAUUUUUCGGCCAUGCUAAGCACAGGCACGCAUUUGAGUUAUUUUCAGGGAAUCAAAUUUUCAAAGACUUUGGUAUCAUGCAUGGCACAAAUGAUGAUAUAAUAUCUAGAUUUUCUCAUCUCAAGCACAUACGGGGGUUAUGUUUGGUGGGAUGUCUAAGUUUCAAAACGUUGGCAGAUGAUAUUAGCAAUUUAAAGCACUUGCAUUACCUGGAUCUUUCUGAGACUUUAAUUGAAAAAUUGCCAAAUUCAAUAUGCUUGCUAAUUAAUUUACAAACAUUGAGAUUAAGGGACUGUCCUUGCUUGGUUGAGUUUCCAUCAAAUUUUCACAAGCUCAUCAACUUGCGUCAUCUGGACUUGGAUGGUUGUUAUUUCAUAGAAAAGAUGCCAAAACAUAUGGGAAAGUUAACUCGUCUCCGGACAAUGAACCAUUUUGUUGUGGCAAAGAAAGGAGGAACAUGCUUGAAGGAACUAGGUUCCUUGAACCAUUUAAUGGGUUCACUAACCAUCUCAAAUAUGGCAUGCAUAAAGAAUUCCAUGGAUUUGAGAGAUGCCGGUUUAAAAGAAAAGCAUUUGGAUAAAUUAUGUCUAAAUUAUAAGUGCUAUUACCAUAGCCGUGAAGCAGGACCACAUCAAGAAGACAUAUUAGAAGGGCUUGAACCAAGUAAUAAUUUAAAAGAGAUCAUUGUUGAACAUUACGGAGGUACCAAAUUUCCAAACUGGCUGGGUGGUUCACACUUUUUACCUAAUUUAGUGUCUUUAUCUUUGACACGUUGUGCCAACUGUGUGAACUUACCGCCACUUGGGCAGCUACCUUCUCUGGAGAAACUUGAGAUUACAGAAUUGCAUGGAAUAAAGGUGAUAGGGGAAGAGUUUUAUGGGAAUGGCUCCUCCAAUGCUCCAUUUCGUUGCCUUUCAUAUUUAAGUUUUAAAGAGAUGAGAGAAUGGGAAGAAUGGAAUAUUUGUCGGGAAGAUGAGAGUUUCCCAGCCCUUCAACAGCUUCAUAUACAGGAGUGUCCAAAACUGAGAAAGUCUCUCCCGCCACACCUUCCUUGUUUAAAACGGUUACACAUUUACUCGUGUGGAAAUUUGGAGACAACACUUCCCAAAUCCUCUUGCAUGGAAGUUAUAACGUUAGCGGGGUGUAAGAAGAUUAUAGUAAAAGAUGUGCUUGCAUGGAGGGAAUUAAUACGGCCAUCAGGACCCAUGGCUCCAUAUGAGUUGAAAGAAAUUUCAUUUAGUGAUCAUGACUUUGAAGAUGGAGAGUCCUUCCCUGACUUGCUGCCACGUACCGUCGAAUCUCUUUCAUUCUCAGGUUGUCGCAACUUGAGAAGCAUAAUAUACAGGGGUCUUCUUCACGCCCCUCAUCUUACUUCUUUAUCUUUUGAAGACUGUCCAGACAUGAGUUUUGAAGGCAUGCCAGAGGAUGGUUUCCCUCCAUCCCUUUCUCAUUUAUCAAUUCAAGAUUGUCCGUUGCUGGAGGAGAGGUGUCAAAAAGAGACAGGACCAGAUUGGCCUAAAAUUGCUCGUAUCCCUCAUGUCUCCAUACGCAGAGCUUGACUCUCAUUCUACUCAAAGACAUUCCUAAAGCUACAGUCUCAAGUUUCCUGGAGCAAAACAACAUCAUUUAUUAAUACUGCUUAUUUUGGAAAAGCAUCAGACCAACAACAACAACAACAACAAAAAAAGGGAAUUUCUGGCUUCAAUUUCAGAUUAAAAGAAGAGGCGCUGCUCAAUUGAAGUGUUCAAACCAGCAUGAAUGGCUCAUAUGCAUAGUACUUCUGCAGAAAUUAAAUUAAUCUUCCAGUUGAUUUUUACGUGUUCUCUAGAUUUGGUGGGUGAUGGAGUAAGAUAAGGUUUGUUGUUAUUGUUACAUUGCUGUAUUUCUUUCGAUCUAUUUUGAAGGAGUUGAUUGGUUUUUUCCCCUGUUUUUCUUUCCCCGAAACGUUCUUUGAUUUAGUAGCAAGACUUUGUGAUUCAAUGUUGCCUUGUAAAGUGUCAUCACUCCAUUUCAAGUGAUUCAUUGUCUUAAAAGUUUAUUUCUAUGAUCUUAGUUGGAAGUUUAGUAGUUUGUAAUUGACAACAUUCUAAUUUGUAUUAUGAUCAUCUUCUCAUUAUAAAA